AUGGAGCGUGAAUUCUUCACAAAUCUACCACCAGAUAUGACAAUCAACAUCCUAUCGCGGCUCUCUAUACGAGGCAUUGCAAUCAGCAAAUGCGUUUGCAAACCAUGGCUCAAUCUAAUCGAGUCCAACGACAUCGUCAAAUCCAAAAUCAAAACCGCAUCUGCCCUAGUUCAUUUCACGCCCUCGGCUCGAUGCACGAUUUUCGAAAUCGACGAUGAAGACGAAUCUGAUUUGGAGAGCCAUGAUCUUCACUACCAUCCACUCACUGAUUUGGUGAUCCCUCACCCAAGAAGAGAAUCAAUGGAAGGUAUCACUGCUAAUGCAUUGCUUCUUCUGUACUCAAAAUCAACCAAAUAUGUUCCUCAUGUUUACAUAUGCAAUCCGAUGACUCGUGAAUAUACUGAUCUCUGUUUCCCUCUUUACAUCUCGAAACGUGUGUUCAAAUUUGGAUUCGGUGUGAGCAAAAUAAGUGGGAAGUAUAAGGUGGUCUGUAUCUAUACGGAUAAUGGUUUCAACUCUCAUUAUGUAUAUACCCUCGGAACAGAUAAAUGGAAGCGCGUUGAAGCUGGGGCUGCUUCUGGUUUCAUAUUCUGGGGUCAAUCCUUUUUAUGUAAUCACAACCUCCAUUGGAAGGUAAUAGAUUUUUGGGAUAACUAUUCGAUUUGUGGUUUUGACGUUGAAACAGAAUGCUGUAGCAUCAUCUCCUUUCCUUCUAAUGGAUAUGGAUUAGGGAAUUUGUGUGUCAUGAGGGACUGCCUGUGUUAUUAUUAUAGGUUGGGAAAUGAUUUUGUCAUAUGGCUGAUGAAGGAGUACCAAGUUGAGGAAUCUUGGACCUUAGAGUACAAGUUGAAUAUUGAUUCUGAUUUUGAUCGGUUUUGUAUGCUUGUUGACCCAAUUAAACUUUUCAAAGAUGGUGACAUUUUGAUGUUGAUGAACAAAACUCGUCUCAUCUACUAUUCCAACAAGACAAGAACUUUUGAACAUGUGGGUAUGUUUAAGGAUUUAGAGGCGAAGAAUUAUAUUAAUGGGGAGAUUCGUUGUAGCAGUUUCAGCGGUAGGAAACCUUCUGAAAUUGGGAAUUUGAGGCUGCUUUGA